AUGGCUCUCCUGGAUACCUUUCGCAGCGCUGUCGUCGCGUUGGCUGGUGUUGUUGUUGUCAUAACCUGGUACCUCCUCUCAUCCCUCUAUCGGAAAUGGAAUCACUACCGUUUGGCCAAGGCAAACGGCUGCCAACCACCCCCGCAUCUGAAGACAUACGACCCUUUCUUGUCCCUCGAUCGCCUCUAUCUCAACUUGAAGAUAGCGAAACAACGCAAAAUCCUCGAGAAUAAUGAACGCCGCUUUCGGAAGUAUGGCAAUACCUUGGUCGCCCAGCGACUCAGAACUCCUGUCAUCAUUACCUGCGAGCCGCAGAAUGUCAAGACCAUUCUCUCUCUCAAGUUCAAGGACUACAGCAUGGGAGACCGUCUUGACGUUUUCGGGCCUCUGCUGGGCCACGGCAUCUUUACCAGCGAUGGCGAGCACUGGGCCCAAUCGCGCCAGAUGAUCCGGCCCAACUUUGUUAAGGAGCAAGUCGCUCAUCUCGAAAUCUUUGAGGACCUUAUGGCCGACCUAUUCGCGCUGAUCCCAACGGAUGGCACCACGGUUGAUCUUCAGGACCUGUUCUUUUGCUUCACCAUCGACUCGGCCACGGAAUUUCUUUUCGGACACAGCGUGAAAACUUUGAAGAAGCGACUCUCCGCAGCGGUUGUGCACCAUGAGCCCGACUUCGCCGCGGCUUUCAACUACGCACAGGACGCUAUCGUCACCAAUUCUCGUCUUGGUCUCCUGAGGAUAUUCAACCGUGACCGCAAAUAUGUGGAAUCGAACCGCAUCUGCCACGAGAUGGUCGAGCAGUUCGUGGACAAGGCCCUGAAAGUACGCGAAAAGUACGACGAGGAGCAAGUGCUGGACGACGAAUCCAAGGCUGGCAAGAAGUAUCUGUUCCUGAAUAGGUUGGCGCAGCAAACGGGUGACCGCAAGCGAAUCCGUGACGAGUUGAUGAACGUGCUCCUUGCCGGCCGGGACACAACGGCCUCGCUCCUGAGUAACAUGUUUUUCAUGCUGGCCAAGAACCCGAGAAUCUGGGCCAAACUGCGCGAGGAAAUCGCCACCUUGGAAGGCCGUGCGCCGACAUACGAGCAACUCCGCAAUCUGACCUAUCUUAAGUACUGCAUGAACGAAUCACUCCGCAUGCACCCGGUUGUCCCUCUGAAUUCCCGCACCGCCAUUAGGGACACUAUUCUCCCCGUUGGCGGCGGUCCGGAUGGGCGCUCUCCCGUAUUCGUCCCUAAGGGCACGAUCGCCGCAUAUAGCCCGUGGGCCAUGCACCGUCGCCACGACUACUUUGGCCCCGAUGUGGAGGAAUACCGACCGGAGCGAUGGGAAGAUUUGCGUCCGGGAUGGGAGUAUCUCCCAUUCAACGGCGGACCGCGCAUCUGUGUGGGCCAGCAAUAUGCACUCACGGAGGCCGGUUACGUGACGACGCGUCUUGUCCAGCAGUUUUCUGUUUUGGAGAGUCGGGACCCCGGUCCGUGGGAGGAGAACCUCACAUUAACACUGUGCUCGUGGAACGGAACGAAGGUUAGCCUGCGGCAUUAA